AUGGCCAUGCAUCCAGUGUCAUCGGCCGUGCGGGCGUUGCAGCUAGAACUAAGGAAACUCACCGAAGAACCAGUGGAAGGCUUUACAGUCAAUGUGCCAGACGAGUCCAAUCUUUUUGAAUGGGACGUAGCGAUUUUUGGCCCACCUGGUACUUUGUACGAAGGAGGUUACUUCAAAGUGAGUUGUGUUUUGUAACAGAGCAGAAAUUCUACGUGAUGAAGCUAAGCGUUACUAAGGGUAAUUUUACAUUUCGUUUUGUUUUAGGCGCACAUGUCGUUUCCCUCUGGAUACCCCUAUUCGCCACCAACUUUUCGCUUCCUGACGAAAAUGUGGCAUCCUAACAUAUACGAGGUAAGAAUUAUGUAGAUCUGGCAUCAAUUCCUUUAGGAUUUUCUUCUGUAACGUCCUAGUGACUAAUGACUGUUUGCUGAUUCUUUAGUCCGGCGAUGUCUGUAUUUCAAUUCUACAUCCUCCCGUCGAUGAUCCACAAAGUGGCGAAUUACCUUCCGAACGGUGGAACCCCACACAGAACGUUAGGUGCGUGCGUAUAUUUAACCUUCAGUACUCACUCUUUCCUUUUAUAUCCUGUGUAAGAUUUAUCGUCAUCUUGAUUUCAAAGAAUUGAUCUUUUAUACUGAAAGUUCUAAACAGUAUCAAACAAUAUGAUUGUCCGCCAUUUUUUUUUUAUUAUUCGAAACUCACAUUGUCAUUUUUUUUUUGUCAUUCAGCCCUAACCCCUAAGCCUUUAUACUAACAUUGUGGUCAGGGUUAGUGAGAUAGUUCACGUCCAACCAAAAGAGUUAGCUUUUGCUUAGCUUUUAAUGAGAUCCCUUCGUUGGUUUAAUUUUUUCUUCAGCGAGAAUUUGUCGGCAUAUUUUCGUGUCACACAGUCGAAACGUGGUUGUCCUUGCGUGCAUUGUCGUUCACGAGUUGUCAGGUCAAACAAAUUCGAGAAACUUAGACUGUACUGUACAACUGUGCUUUUAGCUCAAAGAUCUAUCCAUGUUUUAUUAGAAAUCUUUGAUAUAUCCCAAGUCUAACGGAUCUAUGAUCGUAUGUUAUAGAAACUGAAGAUAAUGUAGGAUCUAUUUUUAGUUUUUUGGACAAUUACCAGUUCUGGAUUUUAUUUAAUUCUGUGGUUUACUGGUAUUGUAUUGUGAAGUUUGACAGAAGUUGACAAUAACUGUUGUAGUCUCAGAAACAAUCACUAUUUCUUGUACAAAUGAUACUUGUUUCCUUUGCUUGAUUUUAGCUAAGGUAUUUUCAUACCUGCCAAAUUACAUCAAUAUAAUUUCCCAAAUUAGAAAAACCUUGGUGCUAUGUCUGAAAAAUAAAGACAAAGGGAGAAGAAGAAAAGAAGAAGCUUAAAAUGAAUAUCAUUGUUUUAGCUAUUUGCAUUUAAACAUACAGUGAUAUCAGGGAUCCAGAAUUCAUUUUUUUUCAGAGUCGUCAUCCGGGCAAGUAAGCCUGAUGGCAAACUUGCCCGAUUACAAUUUGGGUUGCCCAGACAGAAGUGCAUAAUUAUAUAAAAUGGUGAAAAAAUAAUGUGCAACUUGAACAUUUUCUGAUUAGCAUUUUAUUUCCUUCAUAAUAUUACCAAGAAAGGGUUUUAACUAAACUGUUAAGUACAACAUGCUACAGGCCGAGGCUAAACACAGUUUAUUUACGUUUUACAAGUACCGACGGUCAGUCAGUUUGCCAUGAAGGCAAGAUGGUGUGCUUACGUUUUUCCCAUAUAAGGCAGGGGUUCCUGUGUCACCUUUUUCUCCAUCGAAGGCAGCAAAACUUUUUCUAAAAAACGUCACAUCUUGAUGCAUAUAAGGCAUUGGCUUCUGCUUCUGCUUCUGCUUCGCCUUUUUUUCUGCUAAAGUCGAUGAAACGCCUUCUAAAAAAACGCCACAUCUUGAUGAGUGCUGUCACAUUUUCUACGAAUGGCCUCUGAAUGCAGUACUUCACAAAAAACUUAGAAUGCAAUCGUUUCGUAGAAAAUACUGCACCAUCAAACGUGGCGCCCAAACUUAUGAUUCCAUUGCAGACAAAAGCUGCUUGUUAUUCUUCAUUAUUCUUAAAGUUUUAAGUGGAUGAGAAGUUAUCAGAACUUAGGGAAAAUUUAUAAACUCAUAUAAGAAGUAUUGAAAAGAGUUUUUGGUUGAGCAAAACCUCACUCGUCCGAAGGGCAACUUUUGAAGUACGAGAUUGAUUGAGUCCGGAAUGACCAGACGACUGGGAAUAUGGAUCCCUGUGAUAUCAUAGAACAAAUUUCAUUAACUAAAUCUGUGAAAAUUGGGUUUGAGAUGUUAGACAAAAAAUAUCACCUUUGAUAACCUUGAAUCAAGUUCCUCUUUUUCAUACAUACCCCAAAAUUGCAUAUUUGAACAGUUUUUGUACAUUGUCAGUUUGAAGUUAUGUAUCGCAAGGGUUUUGUGGAACCUUGUACCUUUUUGUUUCUCUGUUUGAGGCCCAGGUAAUUAAGGGUUAUUGGGAUUUAGGAUAUCUGGGGAAAAAAGAAACUGGAAAUGUAAUGCUCAUGGGGAAAAAACAGGAUGUAGGUUAUUAAGAAACAUAUUUUGUGGUUUUUGAGUGAUAAAGUGGGUCCAUGUUUAAUCAAUAAUGUGAAAGGUGAAAUUGGUUUAAGUGGAAAAUGGGAUAAACCAAAUUUAACUUAUCGGUGGUAUUUAGUUUAGUCAAAAAUACAUGUAUUGGUCCCUUAAACCUUUCUUUGAAGAACUUUCUGCCCCCUUGACGAGGGACUCCCUAUAAAAGUGACAGGAAAUUGUACUUGUGAACCCCUAGAAAGGUUUAUACCACCAAUCUGUGUGUGGCUCAGGCUUUAUUUGACCCCUAAAGGAGACCAUACUUUAACACAUUAUGGUAGCGUUUGACGCACAGCCCUUCUAGGCAAUACAUUCAUAUCUUCAAUGGCUUUUCCAUCUUGAACAGGACUCUUUUGGUACUAAUCAAAAGCAGAUAUGUCAUUAGUAGUUGUUGUUAUAGGAAGGCAUUGAAAUUAUUAAAUUGGUUAUUGGAUAGUAAGGCUAUGAAUUAAAGAAUAAAUCUGGACAUGCAGACUUCCCCCCUCCUACGCCUCCCAGAUCCCCCGUAUAUCUUAGGUGUUCUUAAUUUCGCAGGUCUUACAUUUUGUGUUUUUCGUGAUUGCAAAAAAAUGGCAAAAAUAAAGACCUGUGAAAAUAAAUCCUUGCGAAAUUAAAGCACACAAAAUGAAACUAACAUACGAGAAAUUCAAAUCACAGAAAAAAAAAUAUAUGAACUUGAAAUUUCAACAUCAUAUACAGGAUUUGUAUCGACAAUAUAAUUUGGAGUAACUUGGUUACAUGGAAACUGGUAAUCUCCAUUUUGUAUCUUCAGAGUGAAGUAAGUUUAAUUUGUUUUUCCAGUUUAACUAGAAAUUUGAAAACUUUCAAACUGUUUUUAAACAUAAAAUGAAUUGAGAAUGCUUAAAUCAUGAAAUUUAAUGCCCUUUCCUCAUAUUGGCAUGUUGAAAUCAAGAAAACAAAAAUAAAAAAUCGUGAAGUUAAGUACCAAUAAUAUACCAUUUAGCAGACAACCAAUUCUAUAUCUUUGAAAUGUUUCCAAAAUCAGAUCUAAUAUACCAGUACAUUUACCGUUAGGUAGUAACAGCCUAGACGUGUAGUUUUGGUCAACUCGUGAAUAAGAUAUGUGAUUAUUACAUUAUUUAUCCUAUAACCUAAUGUAGUGUAGUUAUGGCAAUUGAAAAUAUUAAUAGUCAAUAAUAGUUUUUAUCAGAAUUGAUGUAGAAUGAGACAUAAUUUUUGUAAGUAAUUUACUUAUCACUGGUUGAAUAAUUAAAAAUCAUUAAUUAAAACAGGUACAUUGUGCACAAUGUUUUUUAAGUCAUGAGACACAAUGUUAACUUGGAAACUUUAUAAAUGGCUGGUUUCACACUAGAGACGGAUUAUCCACAAGACAGAUAAUCUGACUUCAAAGUCUAUCAAAGUAGAUUGAUAAACAUCAGUCAGAUUAUUCAUCCAAAAUGAACACUGUCCCAUUUUCACAUUAAGACUGAUUUUACAUCUGCUAACAGAUUAUCCAAUGAAAAAUUAGUCUCAAAAGGAUCUUAUCUGCCUGGAGUGUGAAAUGUCAAGUUCCAAAGUGAACGUUUUGCCAAAACACUAGCUAUAAAAGGUUAGACGUACUAGACUGAAAAAGUAGGUCCAGGCUAACAAGUAAUACAAGUCAAGUAAAUUUAAUGUUUAAUAAAACGAGUCAAGCAUAAUAUAAAAGCUAUUUAUUAUAUAGACACGAGUGCUUUACUGGAAAAUAUACCACUCGUAAAGUUCAUAAAAACUUCAUCCAGGACCCGAGUGGUUUAUUUUCCAUAAUCUCACACGUGAGUUUAUCGAUGACGUAAUUUCGGUCAUUUCCCUCUAUUAUUUUAUCGAUGUCUUUUUGUCUAUAUAAUAAAAAGAACAAUACACAGCGGUUUGAAGAUAUGAAUUAUAUUUUCUUGUGGCAAAAACAAUCUUUUACUCACUCGCUGAGCUCGAUCGUAAAAUAUUGUUUUGCCACUCGAAAAUAAAAUUCAUAUCUUCACGCCACCGUUUAAUAUCCUCUAUAUAUUUUAUACAAUUUCUAAAAAUUGUGGGUCGAUUAGAAAACAUAGCCAGGGAUUGGUUUGUUAUGUAAUACUGCUCAUUAUUGACCAAGUAAACAAAUAUAUUGAAGUCUUAGGCUCAUCAUAAUUAAUUUGGAGUCAUAGGAAUCAGACGGUCUUCAUUUCCUCCUUUUGAUACCACUGAGUACUUCUUAUCUAGACUUGAUAAACUGGAUUAUCAGAUUGUCUGUUUCUGAGAGUUAUUUUGUUUUCAUUAGAUUUUAAAUGAUAUCUGUCAUAAUGUCAUGGGUGACGAAUUACUCCUUUAUUUUGGCGCAAAGUUUCAGUGUUAAUUUAUAAUUUCACAUGUGAAAGUAUAAAACCUCCAUGGCAACCUUCUGUACAUGUUAGUGCCAAGAUGGCGGCAAAAUUUUAAAAUGUUAUGAAUGAAGAUGUCAGGGCAUUAAAAGACGCUUUAGAAGACCUAAACACAUGAAAGAGCAGAUCAAGAAGGAUUCUAUUAGGUAUUUUGUCGAUUAAGCUCUAAAGUUUUCACUGCGUGGAGUUUUUGAUUGAUAAUCAAUUUAAUAUAAACAUGCCAAAAACCUACCAUUGUGAGCAUAAUUUGUUAUCCAUGAUAUUAAUAGGUAAUCAAAUGGUUUACUCGGGAAAUUAGGGUAUAAUAUUCCCUUGCUUAAAGGUUAGGAAUUCAUUCACUUGUCACCAUUUUGAUUACACAAACUAAUAAAGCAGAAUGGGAAUCUCCACCUACAGCUUCAUCAGUUUGAUUCUCACCAGGUCAUCUAGCUGGAGUUGUUCUUGGUAGUUUGAGUGUUAACACUCCACUGGUGCCUUUCAACAGCUAUGCCAGCAAGCCAGAGGCAAACAAGUAACUAGUUUGUUUCUUGCCAGUUGGCAUUCAGUCUGUAUGAGGGUUACGUUUGUAAACUUAUUCAUCAUGGCAUGUUUAUCAUAGGCUUGCUUAUGGUUGGUAUCAUUUUAAUUCUGUUGGUUACAUAAUUUUGGCUCAUUGGCAUAUAUAUUUGACCUGUCAAACGUGUUGGAGUAUAUGCAAGUUUAAUUCAUAAUUUUGAAAAUACUGAUUAACUUGACUAAUCAGUCCAAUUUUUGGCUAUUGGUAAGCAAUAUUUGAGAAAAAAUCAGUCAUCAAAAUUUCUGGCAGCAAAAACUUUAAUGAACCCAACAUUUUCUUAAAACUUUUUAGGUUUUCACACAAAAUUGCUCCAAAAGUAUCUGGUACAGUGUGUGUAUCAUUCUCAGAUUUCAGAGGCAGUUAAUUCUACAGUCAGACCUUUAUAAGUGUACUCAUAUAAGCUAUCAACCUCUAUUAAUCAGUCAUAGCCCCGGUUAUAGUUUGAACUGUUUAAACUGUUUAUUAACAAUUACAAAUUUUACAAGCAAGCUAUAUUCAUUGCCUGCAGUUGGCAGAUUAGCUAGUUGAGGCGAGCAGUGGUUGCACGUAUUUUAUAUAUAUAUACAAAUAGCUGACAAGCAAGACUAGAGGAAAAAAGCAAAAAAUGUUAAAUAAAUAUAUAAAAAUAAAUUCAAUUCAAUUAACUUUACAGUUAUGUAUAUUGCAAAUAUAAGAAGCUGAGUUUUCAGGAAAUUUUUGCUGUUAAGUCGGGUAAAUCAAUAUGAUCAUUUUCUUCUGAAAGUAUUCGGAGUAAAAUGUUGUGGACAUUGAUUUUAAAGUUAUUUUUGGACAUUCAACUCAUUUCAUGCGGUAGACUAUUCCAUAUUUUUACGCCAUAUCUUGAAGGACUUAGUUUGCUUGUCUAAUCUCUAGUGUUUAACAUUAGUAAUCACAUCUUGAAUAUGAUCUUGUAUUAUAUGAAUGAAUGUUAGUUUAGGAAGCAAAUAAAUUAGAUAUGUUAGUAGGUGUUAAGCUGUUAGAUGUAUCAUGCAUUAGAAUAGCAACGGUUUUAAAGUAGAGUAGGUCUAAGGGAAGAAACCUAGAGGAGACAAAAUAAAGUACUGCAUGAGAAUUGUAGUCACCAAAGAACAUGAGGGCCAGAUGACUGUGGUUAAUCUGGAGGCCACUCUUGUCUUCCUUGGAACAAAAUUCCCUUCCAUCGAUCUUAGCAUCAUCCAGUGUGAACUUGUGGCCAGAGGUGUUGGCAAAUACCUGAAUGGUUCCAUCUGCAAAUAUGUGACCUUUGCACUUGGCAUUUUGAAUACGAAAAUACAUCAAGAGAUAAUUUUUCCCCAUGUUUCUGUGGAGUAAAUACUUUUUAAAACUAAUAUGGAUCCAGAUCCAAACACCGUCAUGCAAAAAUCCACCUUCAUGCUGUUAUAUCUUGUUUUUAGGACUAUCCUUUUGAGUGUGAUUUCCUUGUUAAAUGAACCUAAUACAUUUUCACCUGCCAAUGUGGACGCUUCAGUGAUGUUCAGAAAAUGGAGAGACUCAAAAGGAAAAGACAAUGAAUACGAAAAAAUUGUCAAGUGAGUUAUGUGCUUUAUUUCAAAUUCUUCUUCUACUUAUUUCAAGGCUGUGCUCGAAGAAACAUUGAAGGUAGCCCAGUGCUCUGAACCAGUGAAAUCUAGGGUGCCCAGCAUAUAAUUUCUAAGAAAAAGGCUAAGAUUUUCUUGUUGCCAAGGAACAAAUGUUAAGUGGCAGGGGCCACCAAGUGCUGUUAAAGUACAACUUUGAUUUAGUAAACUGCAGAAAUGGCAGUGUAUCCCACGAAACUGCAGUUUUCAAGGACCAAAAUAGUGCCAUUAAAGAAUACAGCCAACCUGCUUUCAAAUAAAAGGUCACAGAACAGCUUUUUAUAGUCACUUAUCGCAGUAAACAUUGCUGCUGAAUACAAACACCAAUUACUCAUUGAUACAGGGUCAGCAUUAGCCUUGACCUGUUGUAAACUAUUCACAAGUGGUUGAGACGGAAUCCACUAGGAAAUUGAGUUAUUUUGAUUCUCAGCAGACAAAAACCUUGUACCAGAAUAAUUUAAAGAAUAUUGCAUUCUUUUUUUACGUUUUUUAAGGCCUAAAGAUGGAAUUUAGUCAUCUGUAAUAACACCAAAGAAAAUUUCUCAUGGGAGUCCGAGAAAAUGAAUGUCAAAUUUCACAAGAAUUGUGAAAACACAGGUAAAUCUCUGUAAUUUUCAUGUGAAAGAUGUAAUUUUGUGAAAUUUGACAUUUAUUUUCUCGGGCUCCCAUAAGAAAUUUCCUUUGGUGUUAUUACAGAUGAUUUAUUACAUCUUUAGGUCUUGAAAAAUGUAAGAAAGAAUGCAAUAUGUUUUUAAUUAUUCUGGUACAAGAUUUUUGUCCACUGAAAAGUAAAAUUACUCAGGUGCCUGAAAUAUGAAAAUGAAUAAUAGACAGAGUUUUAAAAAGGUCAUCUUCUGAUUUGAGGAGGGCAAACCUGUAAAAAUGAAUCUUCAGUGCCUGUACUCCGGGGUCAUGGCGAACUGCAAAAUGAGCUUAUGCGAAACUGAAUACAUAGGUGUAGUGAGAACAUCCUUGGCUUACAUGCCUCUAAGCAAGUGAAACUGUUGAAAAGUUGAUUCAUUAUCUUUGUCUAGACAACCUGGUUUUGACGGGAGAACUGUUCAUUAGGUGUUCUUCUUUAAAUUCUGCACCUCAACAAAUGUAUGGAUCAUUAGUCCUAAAAUGUCAGAUUUGAUAUAGUGAAACCUGGUGAUCGACGAACGGAUUCUUUAAAUUUUUCCGUAACGUAGCGAACAAACAUCUGUUCCGUUUAUGGAUUCAAAUGUCCGGAUUUAAUUUUCCCAAAGAAAGCGACCAAGUCAAGAUUGGCCACUGGUUGGCCACUGCUUUUAGUAACCUGAGGUGAAUAAACUUUUAGAGUUUUGUUACCAUGGAAACAUCAACAUUUGUCACCAAGUACAUUGCACAAACUUUGGUGUUAUUUCCAAUUUCAGAAAACAAGUUUCACGUACCAAACUUGAAGCUGAAAAAGAAAACAUAAAAGUACCCACGACAGUGGAAGAUUACUGCGUAAAAUCUAGACCGUCGCGAUCCGAACCCGAGGAUUUUACAGAUUUCUACGACGAUGAUUAUGCCGAUGACGUAGAUGACGACGAUGACGACGACGAUUGUUUGGAUUAUAGCGAGGAUUCUGGGAACGAAGAGACGUGAUAUGGCAACUGGUCGAGGACUGGAACUUUGCCACGAUGUAUAUUUUGUACCUUUGUGUAACAUAACACCUUUUCCCAUGGCAAAAAAGAGCGAGCUCCUUUUGUCUAGCAAAACCUCUGGCUUAAAAAACUGGAGAAAACUCUUUUCUUUUGUAAAAAUAUUGCUUGCUCUGCGUGGGGGCAAAGACUUCAGGAGCUUGUCAGGCGAACCCCAGCAAACGUCCGCGGCAGGCGUCUUUCGCAUCACGCAAGGCUUUGUGGGUAUGGUUUAUAUCGAAUGGCUCGUUCACACAACUAUUGCAAGGAGACUGGAGAAUUUUACUAUCACACUGUGAAGUUGCCAUUACCGAUUGGAAUUCGUCUGAUAGAUCUGUAGCCUUUCAAUGUUCGUGGGUGGUAUCUGUGUUGAAUGUCAUAAAUAAAUUAACAAUACUAAUUCCAAUUCACUGUCUACUAGUUUUUCUUUUGCAGCGCCUUCAGAAACUAUUGAGUAAUUUGCUGGAAAUAGGUUAAUCGAGUGGGAAAGCUCUGUGGCAAUUUCGUCUUCUGACUGUCAUGCUUACUGCAUUUUUUCUUUUUGGGGAAGUAAAUUAAAAUGACUAACUCUUGUCUGAAAAUUUUCACACACAAAACAAAUUCAAGACUUGUUAGAAGUUCCUUAAUCUGGAAAAGGGUCGAAGUGCGUGCUAAAUGUAAUUUGUAUCUUCACAAGUCUCCUCCCACCUGGAAGGGACUUAAAAACAGCAUACAUGUACUGCAACCUGCCAUCUUUUGCUCCCACCCACCGCCACCCUCCAGCUUGUACCCAGUUCCCAAGGAAGAGUUGUACUUGACUCUAGGGAGGAGUAUUUAAAGUCUACUUUUCUCUUCGUAAAUGAAGCUAAAGGGUUAAGUGAUUUAAAAUGAGGUGUUGAGCAAAUCGCGGUCCGAGACUAAGUCACAGCUAAAGCUGCGUUUCUACACUUUGCCAUCAGUGGUUGGUGAACCACUAACCCGUGAUCUGUGUGACUGUCGCUUCAUGUGAGAUCUCUGGGCUGCAAUGUGAAGUGACCCGGUGUCUCUUACAACAACUGAGAAAAUUUAUAGUAAGCUUUUGUUCCGAAAUUCCUUGGAAUUGAGAGUACUCGCGUUUUUUCCCGCAGCCUUGGUCAAUCCACUCCAAUGCAAGUCGCAAAAUGUCGGCUGUUUUCUAAGGCUAUAUUUUCGUGGGUUGUCGCAAUUUGCCACUUUCGCGCUUUUGGCCGAACUGGAACAUGCAAUUUGCAAUUCUGUGAAAAGUUUGAACUAUGUUCAUUCAAAAAUAGACGUCUUCAAGACAUAUGCGUCCUAAUGUACAAGGUUAAACACACUAAAAUGUGUUCCGAAGCCAUCACCAACAUUUUUAAACCUCGUGAUUAAUGCUACAGUUUAAGAAAUUCAGACUUUCUUUUACCCAGGUUUAACACAGUUUCAUUUGGUAAGCAUUCCCUUCGAUAUUUAGGUCCCAUUUUAUGGAUUAAGCUGGACAAAAAUGAUAAAACGUGUAAAUCAUUAAGUGAUUUUAGAAACCGAAUGCGUAAUACGGAUCUGACAUCUCGUAUUGAUGAUGGAUGCAAAGGAUGUCUUCUGUGUGAUAGUUGAUGUCUCAUCGGAAACAAUUUUAGCAUUUUAGUACUCAGCUUUAGUAUUUUAGCUAACAAUUUGUAA